GCACCACUGACCAGAGACCACAUUGUCCAGCACAUAUUAGCACCAUGAACACUCUAGCGUCUGUAAGUUUGGUGAUAUGCGUAUGCAUGGCAUACGCAUUAGCGCUGCCUAGCCCUAAGGCACCUUCGAGCUCUCUAGGAGAGCCUGAAUCAUCUGAUGAAAGUUUAGUUCCUCAAGAGUCUCGGUGGGGUGGUGGCGGCUAUGGAGGCCGUGGAUGGGGCAGCGGCCAUGGAGGCCGUGGAUUUGGCGGCCGAGGUGGUGGUUUCGGUGGCGGAUAUGGCGGCGGAUACGGCGGCGGUUAUGGAGGUGGCUACGGAGGUGGAUACGGCGGUGGAUAUGGCGGUGGAUACGGUGGCGGCUUCGGUGGCGGUGGCGGCUGGGGACGUUAAACAAUAAGUCCGAAAUUUGGAAACUUCACUGUGAUGUUGAUUUUAAAUAAAUUUUAGUACAAUUUAUUUAUUCGUUUAAGGGAAACAAUUCGCGAUCAGUAAUUUUAAAUCU